AUGCCUUCUUUUGUGACAGUACUUCUUCUUACGGCGGCAUCCUUUGUCGCCGCCCUUCCUCUCGAACCUCGAGCACCGCCUGGAGUUCCCACCACGGCAGCAGCGAAAACCCAACUUGCAGCACUCACCGUGGCAGCCCAAGGCCCUCAGACGGGUUAUUCUCGUGACCUUUUCCCGACUUGGAUCACUAUCUCUGGGACCUGUAAUACCAGAGAGACCGUUCUUAAACGAGAUGGGACGAGUGUUGUAACUGAUUCUGCGUGUGUUUCUACCUCCGGAAAGUGGUUUUCUCCGUACGACGGAGUUACUUGGUCCGCUGCAAGUGACGUAGACAUCGAUCACAUGGUUCCUUUAAGCAAUGCAUGGAAGAGCGGUGCUGCGGCUUGGACUACAGCCCGAAGACAGUCUUUCGCCAACGAUCUCACCAACCCGCAAUUACUAGCUGUGACGGACAAUGUCAACCAGGCUAAAGGCGAUAGCGGACCAGAGGCGUGGAAGCCACCACUUGCUUCAUACUAUUGCACCUACGCGAAGAUGUGGGUUAGGGUGAAGUAUGUGUAUUCCCUAACUAUCACGAGCGCCGAAAAAACAGCCUUGACUUCCAUGCUGGCUACUUGUUAG